CUGAAUGCAAGAUAGACUGAUAGAGUUUGAUGGAAAAAAGAAAUCUUUGGACUGCAGCUUUUUGACUUUAAUUUUUGUGUAAAUAAUUAUAAUAGAUGUUUAGCAAUAAGUGUUUAGAUGUGAUUAGUGAAUAAUUUUAGUCUGAAUAAUGUCAAAUAUUGAAGGUAGAUUAAAAGGUUUGCAAGAGCGCUUCGAAAAUGAAUUGCGUAUUCGAAGAGAGGGUCUCCACAAUCAAGGUGCACUUGGGGCUCCCAAGACUGGGAAUACACGAAGACCUAGACCCCCAGCAAUGUUUUCCUCAAGAGAUAUACCACCAUUCCCACCAAGAUCUCCACAAGCUACGGAUACGGAAUAUAGAAUGCGAGAAGUAUACAAGGUGAGUGGGAAGCUGAAUGUUGAUGGCAUUGAGUACAGGUCUCACAUAGAUGACCUUCAACAACUUGGUGAACUAGGCAGUGGGACCUGUGGUCAUGUAGUAAAGAUGUUGCACAAGUCUUCGGGAGCUGUUAUUGCAGUCAAGCAAAUGCGUCGUUCCGGUAAUUCAGAAGAAACUAAACGUAUCCUAAUGGAUCUGGAUGUGGUGGUCAGAUCACAUGACUGUCCUUACAUCGUUCGGUGUCUUGGUUGUUUCGUGACCGAUGCAGAUGUAUGGAUUUGUAUGGAGCUGAUGGCAUCUUGCUUUGAUAAAUUGUUGAAGAGGCUAGGAGCGCCCAUACCUGAAGCAAUACUCGGAAAAGUCACCGUGGCGACGGUAAACGCGCUAUCGUACCUGAAGGACACGCACGGUGUGAUCCACCGCGACGUGAAACCGAGCAACAUCCUGCUGGACGAGCGCGGGAACGUCAAGCUGUGCGACUUCGGCAUAAGCGGACGACUCGUGGACUCCAAGGCGAAGACGCGCAGUGCGGGCUGCGCGGCGUACAUGGCUCCCGAGCGGAUAGACCCGCCGGACCCGAGUCGGCCAGACUACGACAUCCGAGCGGACGUGUGGUCGCUCGGCAUUUCGCUGGUGGAGCUCGCCACCGGAGUCUUCCCUUACAGAGACUGUCAGAACGACUUCGAGGUGCUCACCAGGGUAAUAGCAGAUGACCCGCCACAGUUACCAGAGGAUACAGAAUUCACUCCUGAGUUCAAAUCUUUUGUAUCCCAAUGCCUAACGAAAAACUACCGUCAGCGGCCGAAGUACGUGAAGCUGCUGGAGCACCCGUUCGUGGUGAAGUCGGCGCGAAAUUCGGUGUCGGUGGGCGCCUGGUACGCGUCGCUGUCGGUGCCGCCGCGCACGUACGACGCGCCGCCCACGCCGCAGCCCGUGCGCAACUACGUCACGGCCUCGCACUGGACGCCCGACCAAGCCACGCCCACGCCUGCGCGAACUUGGUGGGCGACUCCAGCGAACCCGGGUGGAAGCAGUUCGCAACCUGCGAGCCUCGAAGCCGACCUGUCGAAUCAUUCGCCAUACCCGAGACGCAGGACGAUCGACGCGUGCGCGUCCCCCCCGCCCGCGCCCGCGCGCCGCGUGUCGGCCGACACCCGCUGGCGCGCCUCCCCCGCCAGUUCGGGAAACACAAGCCCUAUAGUAUUACAAAGAUUCUAUCACCAAAGUCAACAACGGAAGUCCAGAGUGGACUUGCAUUCGACGCCGAGACAUCGGAGCCUCAGUCGCGAGCACAGCACGGGUCGUUCGCCCGAACCGCCUCCGAGGACCAGGCAUCUGCUUACGCAUGAAGCUAACGGUACCAUGGAACUCGAGCCGCCGCCGCUCCACGACCGGUUACUCCCGCCCUCGCCUUUACUGCUGAGCAAUGAUAGGCUGUCGGAGGGCCGCAGCCAGAGCCUGACGCGCGCGGAGCUGCGCAACGGGUACCGCGCCGACGCGCCGCCCGCCGCGCCGCCCGCCGCGCCCUCCAAGCUGCUGCACGACGACCAGGAGAGUGGGCAGCGGGCGUGCGUGCGGGCGCGCGGGACGGCGCCUAUAGCGGUCGCUGACGUAGGCUGGCUGCACUCGCUCGCGGGGCUGGUGAAGCGCCGCCUCAGCGGGUACGUCAAGUGGCAUCACGUUGCAGCGCGCCGCGAGCCCGUGCACGCCGCCGUCGCGCACCACAAGUGGGCCACCAGCGAGAGUUGGAGCGUGCCGGCGUCCCCCCUGCCGCCGCGCGCGCCCCCGCCGCGCCCCGCCGACUAGCGGAGCCGCCCCGCCCCCGCCGCCCGCCGCCCGCCGCCCCCACCUCGCCGCGACAACACCGACCCGUACGAUGUUAUUAGACUAUAUAUAUGUAACUGUUUCACCCUCAAGUUUCGUACACUUGUUAUUGUACAGUAGACUAUUCAAAUUUAUCUUUUUACAUGCCGGGUAAUCAAUCCUUUUUUAUUUUUGUUCUUAAACUUCACGCAGGCUGGGUGAGUGAUUCGUUGCAGCAAUGAGAUAUUGUACAAAAUUAUAUAUUUAAUUUUUUUUUAUGAUUAAGUUUCGAAUAGAGAAUUAUAAAAAUAUAUAUUUAAUUUAUUCAUCAGAAAAGAGU